AUGGGUCUUCCAUUGUCAAUUGUUGAUCAUAUAUCAUUCAAGAAUUUCAUGAAUGACGUUGAUCCAAAAUAUAAACCUGUUAAUAGACGUGAUCUUACUCGUUCAUUUUUACCUAGUUUACAUAAAAAAUGCACAGCAAAAUUACAAGAAAUAUGUGCUCAAUCAAGCCAUGUUAGUCUAACACUCGAUGUAUGGACUGACCGCCGCAUGCGGUCUUAUUUCGGUGUUACUUUACAUGCUAUUAUUGAUGAUAAAUAUAAAUCAUUUUUACUUUCAUUCGAACAACUUGAAGGAAAACAUACAAGCGAAAAAUUUUCAGCAGAAUUCGAUCGUAUAAUACAACUUUAUAAUUUAAAUGGUAAAAUUGUUCGUUUGAUUACUGAUAAUGCCAGUAAUAACCUGGCUGCUUUUGAUGAUAUUGUUUUACCUGGAUUCGAAGAUUAUUUUGAUGAAAUAAUAGAUGAUGAAUCUGAAUCAAAUGAUGAAGAAUCUAAUGAUUAUUCAACUGGUGAACGACAACAAUUACAAACAUAUGAAGUUGAUGAUUCUAUUUAUCAAACAACAUUGAAUUCAACAAGUGAAGAAGAAUUUCUACGUUUGCCAUGUUUUUGUCAUUGUUUGCAGCUGGUGGUCAAUGAUGGAAUAAAAGCAAGUGGUGCAGCAUUAUCAUCUCUCAAAAAGGUAGCUGGUUUAGCUAAGCUUGCUCAUUGUAGUACAGCAUUUGCAGAACGACUUGAAAAAAUUAAUUGUUCUAUUCCAACAGCUACUCGGACCAGAUGGAGUAGUCAAUUUCAAACAGUGAAAAGAGUUAUUAGUAUUCCAUCUUCAACACUUAAUUCAAUUUUAACUGAUUUGAAGAAAAAUGAUCUUAUACUUAAUAGCAGAGAUAGAAAAAUUUUGGAAGAAUUUGUAUCUUUGUUUGAGUUAUUUAAUGAAGCUACUGUAUUAACUCAAGGCGAAUCUUAUGCAACUGUUACUCUUGUUGCACCUACUGUUCUUGGUAUACUGUUUGAUCUUGAACGUGAACUCAGUUCUUCUACUUUAAUUCUCUCUUCCUUAUGUGAAACUCUUAUUUCAUCAAUUAAAGCUAGAUUUAGUGGACUUCUUCGUCAUUUUGAAAUUGAUGUACCUUUCGAUUCUUUUUCUAUGUCGGAACGUUUCUCAGAUGUGAUUUUUCUUAUUGCUCCACUUUUUGAUGCAUGCUUUAAACUAUUAUGGCUUGAUAAUCUUCAUACUGUUGUAAAAAUACGUGUUCUUGAAAAAAUUCGUAGUGCCUUUGUUCGCUUUUUUUCUAAAUUAAAUUUUUCUAUGUCACGGAACGUGGGAGCCGAUGUAUCGAACACAAGCGAAUCAAGUGAUAUUGACGUUUUAACAAAGAGCACUGAAUCAUAUAGUAAAAGAAAAUGUCUUUUUCCUUAUUUUAAUGAAACAAAAAAAAGUUCUUUCGAUGAUAAGUCGAGAAUUUUGACUGAAUUUGAUGCUUUUUUAUGUGAAGAAAGUAGUACAGAAAAUUUACUUUUUUCAAAAAAACAUCUUUAUCCAUGUUUAUAUAAACUUGGUUUGAAAUACUUGUCAGUACCGGCUACAUCGGCUCCCAUAGAACGCGUUUUUUCUCAAAGUGGUUUUCUUAUGCGUCCACAUAGAGCAUCAUUAAGUGUAAAAAAUGUUUGUUUACUUACUUUUCUUAAAUGUAACGGUGCUUUGUUAUAA